AUGUGUGAAAUCGAUCGCGAAAAGGUAAGUUGUCCGAUUGUUUGUUAAAUGAUGAAACAAUUAGGUGAUAACUUGGAUAGUUUUGCCUUUACGAUUCUAAUGUACUGCUCCUCUGCUAAGCUCGAGCCACGAGGUCCGUCCGACGGACGGGCCCAUAGACACAGUCCAAUCUUACGCUAGGCUUUUACUGUGUCUUAUUGAGAACCGAGUACCUUGCAAAAUCGGAAUUAGAAUUCCAAAGCCGGCUAGAAUGUUAGCAAUUCAUGCAUGGUUGCUUUGCAAGCACUGUGAGUGUGUUAUUGUUGUAUUGGAGCCGGUAAGUCCAUGAUUUACAUACAACCUAACAGUUUCGAAUUCUGCUUCGGUUGUGCCUGUGUUUAGAGCAAAAUAUUGCUGCCAUCUUGCACAAUAUUGUGUGCACCGUGUUUGGAACAUUAAUUUGUUGCCGCACAAACCCUUAUACAACGUAUGAAUUGCCCUCCAUUAUUAAUUGCUCUCAUGCGCAGAAUACAGCGCGCGUGAGUCAAAAAUAAGUCUUGCUAACCUACUAAUUGUAGCCGCACACUUGCGGAAUUGUAGUUCAUCAGGUGAAUAGGCUAGUUGCAGAGAAUUCCAGACAAUAUUUUUUUGCAAUUUUUGCUGUUUUGUAAUGUAAGACUCUAUAACAUGUCGUUGUGAUGGUAUGCAAGCCCAAAGCCCUCAUUGCAGGGUGGUUAACAGUCAGCCUUCAAACGCCCCAGCUAUGAUAUGGGCAUUAUGGGGACAGGCUGUCUGGAAGGGCUAACAUUUACAAUGUGCUGCCUCUUGUAAAAAAAAAAAACAAAACAAAACAAACUAAACUUGCAUUUUUUGGUCUAACUUUGUACAUAUCUUAUGUCAUUACAAAUCUAUUUCAUGCAUAAUUAAAACUGAGAACUUCAUCUUUUCUACAAUUUACUGUGUUCUAUACAAUGUAUAUGGCCCUUUAGUUAUCAGGGGGUGGUUAUUGUAUGUAUAAUAAAUAAUGCGUUUCAUUCGUUUCAGUGGUCAUAAUAUUUUCCAAGGUGGCGUCAACCUGUGUCAAUUUUCUUCCUUUUUUAAGAAGCAAAUAGCAAGAUUAGUAGAAUUUAAUAAUGCUCCCGUUACUAUCAUGAAAACACUGUUUGUGAUUGCCUAAGGACAUACUAGUAUAUAAUAAAUCUGUUAAUUUUCUAAGACUUAUCUGUCUUUUUUUCAGAUUGAAAGCAUUUGUACUAAGUUAAGGGCCUCUCCAGAUGAAGGUGGUCUUACAAUCAAGGACAGAUAUUAUCAUCUAAAAAGAUAUCAUGUUUGCUUUGUAGGUAGGUCUGUGAUCAGGCCACUCAAUACCAUAUAUGCCAACUCUCUGGGAGACUCUCGAAUAUGGCACUGAUCUCCCGCUCUCCCAUACAGGUCACCAAAUCUCCUGGGUAAAAUGGACUUUUGAGUUUUGCUGUCCUUUAGUUUGAAAUUUAGCCCAUUUUCUUUCUCAAAAUUCAAACUUUUUUAUUCAUCACACAGUUUCUGGGACAUUUUUGCUCGUAUUUAGUCACUGAUAAAGAUUAUUUCAUUAUUACAAUAAUGAAAGCAAAUUUUGAUAGCAUGUAAUUCAUGCAUGUAAGACCUCACAUAAUGCCCUAACCGUUGGCGGCUGGGUCAAUUUGUUGUUGGGGGGUGGACGGUAUGGCUGUUGACAUUCUGCAUUUGAAGAGGGGGGGAGGGGGUUGUAGGGCAAAAAAGAGAAUCUCUAGAUUUUAGAUCUCCGGAGGUAUAUUGGCAUCUCUGUAAUAGUGCAGCUUUCCGCAUUUCCUCUAUUUAGCCCCAUAGCUCUAAUACUGGCAAGCCCCUUAGAUACCCAACACCAGGGGCAUAGCUAGGGGGGGGGGUCCUGGGGUGCCCAUGACCCCCCCUUGGUAGGCCUUCUUUUGAGCAAACAACCUACAAUAUUCAGGUGGCGAAAACGCCAUGACAAUAUCUUGGCCAUUGUUGAAAAGCCCACUUUUUUAAAAUUUGUCUUUUUGUGAAGUAUGUUCGUCAAUGGCUCUUGUCUUUAGUUAAUAUGGGCCUUAAUGCCGCGAUAAUAUGACUGAGCCCGCUGAUACACGAGGGAGAGCAGCGGUAUAAACCAUAUAUAGUCGGCAAUCCCCGGAUGGUGUCCCUGCUGUGACCCCCCCUUUGAAAAAUCUUGACUACGCCCCUGAACACAUGGUUUGUAUUUUCUUAGGAUCCGAAACAAUUGACUGGUUUCUUGCCAAUGGAUUUGCAAGCUCAAGGGAAGAGGGCGUUCAGCUAGGACAGGUAAUCACUAUACCCAUCUACUACAUAGUGAUCAAUACAGAUUGUUCAACCAUCCUGAUCUUGUCAGCAUUCCUAGUCCUGAUUUUGCUUGAAAAUCCCAAAUCCUGACCAAUAUGUGAUCAGGAUAGGAAAAAUCCUAAUUUUGACAUCUGUUCUGAUAUUUUCAAAGAAAUUCUUGUCAGUGAUACUUAUACAAGAGCACCUAAUAGAGUGGUUAACUGAAACGGAUUUCCAAAAAACUUCAAAUCAUAAAUUGAUUUAGGGAACAUUUUAGACAGAAAUUAUCCUCUUAAAACACUAGAAGUAUAUCAGGAAAAAUUCAGAGCAUCAAGAUUUUAAACACUUCCGUUCUUGUUUGAACCAGCAUGGUUGCUGUGACAUCAGCUGAAAUCCAGCAUUUUUUUAGUCAAGCCAGCUAGCCUGCUACCUGUCUCUCUUCUAAGAUUUUCACCCAUUUCUACGUUGUUAUUUAGUCCCUACUGGAUGCAGAUCUGGUUCACCAUGUGGUUGAUGAACACAAUUUUGAGGACAGAGAGUUAUACUACAGAUUCCGUCAGGAUGGUACGUAAUGGGUCACACUGUAUUAUCACGUUCUUUCAUAUCCAACGUACGUCACUAUUCAGUCCCUCUUGUCAACUCGUCUUUCCUUUAUGCCAUAGAUCCUGCUCAUCUGUCGCCAGCUGGUCCUUCUGUGGCUUCACUUAAGUCGGACUGCGGUGUUAAGUUUGGCCCUGCACAGAGGAAGGGAUUGCUUAAGUGGCAGCAGGUGUUUAUAGUCCUCAGACCUGAGGAUGACACACUCUAUGAGUUCAGAACUGAUUUGGUGAGGAAUAAGGAAUCAUUCAUUUACUUAUGACCUAUACGCAGAGAGUGAGUGGCCAGGUGGGACUACUAGUCGCUUUCACAGCACAACCUUGCAAUAUGUGGCAGUUAGCAACAGUGAGGGGGUCAACUACACCUCCUUAACUGUUUAAUUGCUAAGUAUGACAAAUGUCAAUGUUCUCCUAACAAUGUCCAUACAUCAACAAAAAGAAGGGUUAUGAGAAUAACUAAAAUGAUCGCAAAAAGGAAAAUGCUUGAUCUGUUAUCAUGUAUUCUCUUAGCUUAGUUCUUGGUUAAAAGCCUGGCUGUUAAUGUCUUUAAGUUUGAUAGACUUGACAUUAGUAGAGUUUGAUUUUAAGUUUUUUGUCUUCUUUUUUCUAGCACUCAACACCUUCCAAAAAAUACCCACUGAAAGAGGCCACAGUAAGACUUGACAAAUCAACCAAAUUUUGCAUUUUGUUAACCUUUGCAGACAUUCAGAGGUCAGGUCAGUAGGUCAGUUUUUUUAUGAACCCUUUUAAGUCCUAACAGUGAUCAACAGCCAUUUUCUCUUAAUAACAUCAAUAGACAGUCAAAAGGAAAAGUUAGGAGAAUUUAUACAACGAUCACUAAGGGAAAAAUGCUUUGAUCUUAUUUACAAAUUUUCUCAACUAAUUGUUUAAUGAAAUAUGUGGAGAUCAGUCUUGAGAAUUUGUAUUUGGAUAUUGUGGCUUAAAGGGUAAAGCAAGAGGUUUUUAAUUUGCGAUACCAUGAUAGAAGUCUCCAACUUCUUCAACUAUCCAGCUGGUAGAUACAGCCUUGUCUUUUAUGUACAACUUUUAUUUAAAUCUGUCAAUGUUGAAGAGACCACCAGCCUAUCAAUAUCAAACUAAACUUAGGAGAAAAGGUAUCAGGAAGUUAUAAAAUGAUCACUAAGGGAAAAAUGCUUUGAUCUUGUUUACAAAUUUUGUCAACCGGUUCUUUAAUGAAAUAUGUGGAGAUCAUUCUGGAGAAUUUGUAUGUAGAUAUUGGGAGUUGAAAGGUAAAACAGGGUAAAGCGAGAGGUUUUUAAUUUGGGAUACCAUGAUAAAAGUUUCCAGCUUCUUCAACUGUCCAGCUUGUAGAUAAAUUAAGCCUUGUCUUUAACAAACACAUUAUACAUGUAUGCCGUCCAACUGUUAUUGUAUGGGGAAGGUUUAUAUGGUCCUUCUGGGUCCUUUUAUUUUUAAUGACAGAUUUGAGACUUGGUUUUAGCUCUGAUGAAGAACGACUUUCUUGGUUGAAAGCUUUUGAAAAGUCAGGAGCUGCUACAGGGCAGGCCGAAGAGGUAGUUAAGUUGUUAAGUUUUAUUUUACUAGGAAUAUAUGUUAUCACCAGUAACUCAUGGCUUAUAAGGCUUUGUGUGGUGUAAUUGAUCAAUUUUUGGCCUGUAUUGUAGCUAACAAAUUAUUUUAGGACCAAAGUUUAAACAGGAGAGAUCUUUCUUAUGUCCAUUUCCACUGAGUUUUAGUUAUUUGUUUCUUUUUGUGAUAUUUUGUGUAGAAUUUAAGAGUUUUGGUAGAUUGCUAGCAGUCUCUUUUUACUAAAAUUAGUGGAAUAAAACACAGAAGCAGCACCUUUCCCACUUGCUCUCAUAGCCAUUUUCUCUCAUGCCUUCUCAAGCAAAUAAAAGGUCUGCUCAUUAUCUAAAAUAUUCGCUUAAUACCUAGUUGGUUUGUCUGUGAUUUAUGUGAUUCAAAAGGAAGUUGAAGAACAGGUGAAGAAUGCCAAGUCGAUAUUUGAGUUCAGUGCAAAGGACAUUCAAGGCAAUGAUGUGUCACUUGAAAAAUACAGGUAAUUACUGGUAACGAUAAAAAGGUCUCUGAUUGGCCAGUCUUAGCCCAAAAUGAAUGUCACACCCCUUAGAACUCUAAACAGAAAAAAACCGCUUUAAAAAACACUAGGGCAUUUCAUCCACAGACUCAGAAGUUAGGAACACCUUGUAGUACAUAAUAAACAGUACCACAGGAAGUAACUGCACAGUAGCUUUCGCUUAAAGACAAGUAUUCCAUCCCCAGUUUUCGACGUUUGAACAAUUUUCUGCAGCCUUAUAAACAGUACUGCAGGAUAGUAAUGCGCUAUAUUUUUUAUUUGAAUGGUCACACUUUAGCAUUUCAGCCAAAUACUCCAAAUUUAGCACCACCUUGUACAGUAUCAUAAACAGUAGCUUUCUUUUGAAUGGUCACUCAUUAGGAUAUCAACUACAGACUCAAAAGUUAGAAACCCUUUGCGCAGCAUUAUAAACAGUACCACAGGAAACUUCUUUUCAUUAACUACAUGGUUUAUUUUUUGGCUCCAUUUCCAUGGGACGAAAUCAUCGUUCAUGUUUAUCUGCUCCAACUACUCCCGGCUUUGCCCUGGUAGAACUUUUCCUGCACGUUAUUAUAUUGGAGUAUGGUCGUUUCGCUACAAGUCGUUUCGCUGCAUGAUAAAGUCGAUUCGCUGCAAAGUUGUAGAGUCUUUUCGCUAACUUUACUCGUUAUUACCCGUUUGUACUUCAUUCUAAAUUUUUCUAAACUGUUUAAUACAAAAAGUUGGUUGCAGCGAAUCGACUUUAUGAUGCUGCGAAACGACUUCAUUAUGCAGCAAAACGACUUGUAGCGAAACGACCGUUUCAUAUAUUCUUAUUUCGGAACAAGGAUAGUUCACCUCUGAAGGUGCUGUUCAAAGGUGUGCAUUGAAUAGUUUACCGUUAUUUUGCUGGGCUGGGUUGAAAUGUUUGGCCUUAUUAUUUUCAGGGGAUUUGUGACUCUUAUUGUCAACGUAGCGUCCUUCUGAGGUUUAACAGCGAAGAACUACACCCAGCUCGUGGAACUGCACUCCACUUAUGCGGAACGUGGUCUUCGAAUUCUUGGAUUCCCGUGUAACCAGUUUGGAAAACAGGUAUACACAACCUGCGUUUUUGGUGCCUGAAAACGCCAUUUAAUUGUGGACGGACAGGUGUGGGCGAAAAUAUGUUUUGAAAACGAAAAAGAAAAUCUUGUGGACGGGUCCUAAGUCUUCAUGACCGAGGAAGAAAAAGAUUUUAAAAUUUACAGAAUUACGAAGUCAACUACAGUCGACUCUCUCAUAAGCGACCACACUUACCGCACGAUAAACUGGUCGCUUACGGGAGGUGGUCAUCUACGGGAAAAAUCAAGAAAAUCAGCUCAAACUGAACUGAUUAACAUAAUUACAUAAAGUUAUUACCUUAAAAGGUAAAACGAAGGCAAAUAGACAACUGGCAAUACUCUUAUACAUCGAAUAGCGCGUGGAACUGUUAAAACUUUCUGCAUAGCAUUUUGCAUCACUGAUACAAUCCACCUUUUCAUCUCCAGACCAUAUUACCUCCACCUUUUUUUAAGUCAACUGCUAUAUUCUGUCAGCACGCUUGGUCAGCGCUAUCAAAAACUGAACUUUUGUGACAUUCGUGCGAUGGUUUUCCUACGAUCGUACCGGGUGGCCACACCGGGUGGUCGCUCACGGGGAACAGAAAGCAAAAAAAGGUCAAAUUUCUGCUUGAAAAAGUGGUUGCGGUCGUUAAGAAAUUUAAGUAGUGGUCGCUUACGAGAGAGUUUUUAGAAACAGUAUUUGACUGAGAAACAAAACGGUUAUUUUCAAAAUGUUCGUUUACGACAGGUGGUCGCAUACGAGCCGGGGGGAAGGGGAUCUUCUGGGAAUUCUUGGGGGGGUGUGCCGCCCGGUUCUCCAAAUCUUGACCCUAUUGCAGAACAAAAAAUGUCAAUUUUCACACCUGUUUUCCGACCUGGCCUCUAAGAAAUUAUGUCUUUAUUACUUAGAUUAGAACGCCAACAGAAAAGAUUUCUUAAAAUCCUUUUCGAAUUCGCAUAUAUCUCUUUCUUUCUAAUUCAUUUGGAAUUGAAACGGUAAAUACGUUCACACACUCCCGUAGUUCCCUCGAAAACCAUAUCCGAUUCCAGACUAAAACGGGCCAAAUCUAUACCCGUUUUCACACCAAAACGGCACAAAAACCCUACCCUCUAGGGCGGCACAUACCUAUAUGGCGUUUAUAGGGGAGUCCCCCUCCCCGGGCUUACAGGAAGUGGUCGCUAUAAGAGAGUUGAAUGCAGUCAUUUGUAUUCACAGGAACCGGAUCCAGAGCCUGUAAUUAAACAGUUUGCUGACGGCUAUGGUGUCAAGUUUGAUAUGUUUGCAAAGAUAAAUGUCAAUGGUGCAUAUGCGUUACCUUUGUACAAGUAUCUGAAGAGCCAACUAAAAGGCACAUUAGGAAGGUAAAACAACUUAAACAACACAAUAGCUCUGUUACACAAUAUACUCUUAUUCUGGUGUUGUAGAAAGACCAGUUUACACGAUAUUAUAUGUGGGCGCGUUCUGUCGGCCUAGCAAUUUACACGUUACGAUUUAUCGGGCCAGUCUCACUUCCUUAUGGCAAACUCCACUGAUGAUAAUCGGACGAGUUCUAAAAUGACUUGCAGUGCCGCAGAUGUUUUGACAAUAAGGCCAGUUUUUAGAUUUGUUCACAAUUUGUUUUCUUUAUAAUUCAUGGCGGGUUGCUUGGAAGUAAACCAUUUUUCGCUCCAGCAAGUUCCAUAUGGAAGUUAUGAAUGUUGGUCUCUUGUAUGUGAUUUAUAGUUUUAGUAUAGAUAGUUCAUUACAGAAAGAAAAGCAGAUGAAAAUCAGUUCUUUACCAUCACUUUAGUUUGCCCUGCAGUGAAAUCUUUGAAUCUUCCUGAAAAAAUAAGGUAAAAAAUUUUCUAGUCGUGGUAUUAGUUCCUGUGAAUUCUUUUAAUUUUCUCUUUUAUUCGUAUUUCUCUAUUUUCUUUAGCUUUAUCAAGUGGAAUUUUGGCAAGGUUGGUACAGACGAGACUGAUAUAAAUAGAGUGGAAACCUGUAAAUAUGACUAUCGUUGGGCCAUACCAGAAGCAUACACCCUAUAUGCUUCUGGCCAUACGUCAACGUAGCCUUUUUUUUGUCUCGUCACGUAACGCUUCUCCCCAAUUAUAAAUUGUAAUUGUAACUAGUUUACCCUCGGAGCACUUAGGAGUUUUAAGAACUCGUUAAAACGUGUCCGUGUGUUCAAGAUCGAAUUGGAAUUUGGAAUAAUGGUUUUUUAAGGAGAGGGGAAAACCGUAGUACCCGGAGAAAAACCUCUCUCCUAUGGUGUCGACGCCAGGAUCCGAACCUGGGCCACACCAAAUAUAGAAAAAUGACCAGAAAGCCUCAGAGUCAUGUUAGAAUUUUAAUAUAUCGAACGUGGGCUAUUAAUCCCGGGUUUUUACUUUUCAGUUCUUGUGUGAUCGCAAUGGUAAACCAGUGAAGCGAUACGCCCCGAACGUUCAGCCUCUGGUAAGUUUUAGCUCCUUCCACACACUUCGUUAUAAACGUUACCAAUUUGAAUUCUCUUAUUUCCGAGAGUUGUUUUUUUGGAAUAAUACUUUGCACUUUCGCUUAAUUCAGCAUGAUAAAUCGAUCUUUGAAGCCGUAUUGCAUGGACACGAGGCUAGCUCAAAUAGGCCAUUUUCGAGUUCCAAAAACUCUCACUUUCAAAACAAGGCCAAGUGCAAAUACUUUUUGGUGAAAAUGAAUUUUAUCUGCGUGAGAAUAAAAAAUCAUUUUCUUAACAAAAGCUUCACACUUAGGGCCUGUUUACAUGGAGUGGGGGACCCCGGUCUAGUGGGGUUGGUUUCUUUUGUUUUCACGCUCUGGGGGACACAAAACAAAAGAAACCUACCCCACUAAACCGGGGUCCCCCACUUCAUGUAAACAGGGACUUAGUCUCGCUUUGAAACAGAGCCUUGGGGCAACUUGGGGCGACUUGGGGCGACUCUCCACUUCAGAGAUCGGCGCGGCGCAGCUUCGCUCCGUUACAGAAAUCGCGCCGCAAUCACCGUUGUUAAGUGUGAACGCAAGCCCUAUCUGGUAUGGUUUCCGUGCCGGUGCAAAAAGCUAUCUCUUAUAGUGUGAACACAGCCUAAGAGAAGUGAUAGCGUCCCUCAAACCAUCCCAUAGUGCAAUACGGCACAACACCGACCCGUUGUCACGCGAAAAACUUUAAAUGGCCAAUAAUCGCUGCGCUCUCUAAAUUUUUUUUCAGCGAUCCAAGAGAUCGUUUUUAUCAUGUCAGUGCUAACCAACUUAAGUGAAUGGCUGAAGUAAUACAUCUUUUGAUUUUUUUAUUUGUUUUAAGGAAGUGUCUUUUUUUUUACAACCACCUUAAUUUUCUUUUUGGUUAAAUCUGUGCGCAUCGAGAGAGGUAGUCUUAGCCCUUACUAACCCUGCACCCUCCCUUCCUUCCCGCUCAGAAAUCAUGUAUGGUUAAUGACCGUUCUUUUUUCUCUUAUUUCCCUUCUGUAGGACAUCGCAAAGGAUAUAGAAGCUCUGUUGUAGUAUCACUUCCAAGAUAAGUUUGUUGUAGGUUGUUAUAGAGUAUAGUUAAGGUACCCAUUACUAUACGCGAGAGUAUAUUAUAACGUGAUCAAUAAACAAUAACGAAAUAUCUUUUCGUUUGGCUUAGGUUUAGUUUAAGUAACCAUAACACAGUGAGGAAACGCUUACUUUCACUCAAAAUCUUAGAACUUUUGUAUGUGAGAAAGCUAAAUAGCCCAUUGUCGAAAAGUCAAGUCAACUUCUCACAGAUAGUCUAUGAGUUUUUAAGGACAAACUCGACAAAACUAACUUCUUGGCUUAAGAAAAUCGUUGCAAAUAAUUCAUGCCUCUUCAGAUGGCAUAGCAUUCUCGAUCUCAUAUGAAUACAGUUUUGGUUAGUGAAGAAUACAAGCCUUGAUGCUUGAGAAUCUUCUUCUCUCUAAGACUUCAGUAAAACGGGCAACAAAAAACGUGCAACUUGUUUUGCAACAUUGCUGUAAAACGAGUUGAACAGCGAUGUUGUUCCAUGUUGGAACGCAUCUUGCAACAAAUGAGGUUGCAAUGUUUUUGCGUGGGUGGUAAAACGCUCAACGUUAUUCAACGUUAUUCGUUAUUCGUUAUUCAACUCGUUUUGCAGCAAUGUUGCAAAACAAGUUGCACAUGUUUUUUUGCUCGUUUAUCGUAUCUUAAACCUUGCAGUGAAGUAGUAUUUUAUGAUAUAUCGAAAAUAGGUUGUUUGGAGUUAGAAUAUAUUUUAAAUGUGCAGGCGUCCAUGUGCAGCCACUAAAAGCAGUGUCCUCACGAGCUGGACCUAUUUAACCUCUUUUAUGAAGACUGACUCAAAACCUACGACUGUAGUAGGGUCAUGUCGGAUAUGAGUGCAGGCAGGGAGGGAGUGGUUCGAGUCUUGUUUGAGAUCCCGAUCUGUCGCUGCAAGAAAUCAUUACACUGAAUGUAGACAAAGUAACCAUGGCAAUGAAUAUGUUAAAUGUUUUAUCUGAAAUAAACAAAGCAGUGGAGUCCAACGAGCCAGAGUUUUCAAGUCAAUGUUUUUUUUUACAAGGGAUUGAGACAAACGUAUUUCACAGUGGAAGGCAAUUCCCCAGUUUCACUUUGCCCACAAUACAACGUGUUUACCCACCAACUUUUGCAUAGUCAUUGAUCAUUGUCUGCUAUUUCAUUUUCCAGAGGUACAAAAAAACUCGUAUCAAACAAGAUCAAGUGAAAAACUCACUUGAGUAGAAUAGAUAAAAAUUCGACAUAAAAAUAUUUACAACUUUAAAAGUGAACUAACGUGUUUCGCUUUAAUGAGCUGCGCAACUUACAAUGCCGUGUAAUUAUAAUACAUGUUUGGUGUGUACAUUCGGUCUCAAAAGCUGGGCAAAGGCGGCCUUAUUAACCUUACUUGCCAUUUGCAUCAAUUAGAAUGUUUGUAAGCAG